AUGUUAUGUUCGCUGCUUGCUUUGAUCGGUCUGUACGUAGGCACUGUUUGGUUAUAUGAAAAUGUUUGGACUCCCGUACUGCUGGUACUGAGAAGCAUUAGGCUGUUAGUGUUCCGUCAGGAACUGUCCCAGCGAUACGGCAAAUGGGCCGUCAUAACCGGUGCAUCGGAUGGCAUUGGAAAGGGUUACGCACAUUAUCUCGCCCGGCAGGGCAUGGCGAUAGUGUUGGUAGCUCGCAAUGAAGCCAAGCUCGCUAAAGUGGCCGCCGAAAUCAAAUCGAAACACGGUGUGGAAACGAAAAUUGUUGUAGCCGAUUUCUCCAAGGGACCAGAGAUCUAUCCUCUUCUUGAAAAAGCUCUUGUUCCGUUGGACAUAGGCAUCUUGGUGAACAAUGUUGGCGUUACCCACGGCCCUCCCAUGUACGUGGACGAAGUAUCGCAACAGAUGCUCUGGGAUUUGAUCAAUGUGAAUAUGGCCACUGUAACGCUGCUCUGUAACAUCCUAGUGCCCGCGAUGAAACACCGGCAACGUGGCCUCAUCGUGAACGUGUCCUCAAUCGCGUCCGUGAAUCCAUCGCCCUGUAUGGCGGCUUAUGGUGCAUCGAAAGCUUACAUGACAAGCUUUUCGGUAGCCUUGGCAGAAGAGUUACGCCCGUUUGGUGUUGAGGUUCAAACGGUGCGGCCUUCCUUUGUGCACACCAAUAUGACGGACUUCAUGGUUAAGGAUGCGAAGAACACACGAUACAAAAACUAUUUGGUCCAUCUAGACAACUUCAUGGCGUACGCGGGGUAUACGAUCGGUAAGGUCGACAUGACCACCGGCCACUGGUCGCACGGAUUACAGUUUGCUGUUCUCUAUCUGUUACCGGAGUUCGUACGGGUAAUCAUCAUUGGGCAAAUGAACAAGAAGCUGCGCAGUGAAUUCCAUGUUCAAAAACAGACUAAAGUGCAAUAA